CGGAGUACUCCAAGUUGGAGGCUUUUUGAUUUGUUUAAUAAGCACAUUACUCAAUUAUAUGGUCAGUUGGUCAUUACUCAUUAGAAAUUCAUUAUCAAUUCAUUGUUAACAGGGGCGUUUUUUUGCUCAAUUAUACUGGUUAGUUUAAAAAAUUAGUAGUUUUUUUUUUGCUUUAAGCGUCAUCUCAUUUGUUUCUUAAUUCUAAUUAACAACAAAUCAACAAUUGUCCUUAAUAGGGCUAAUUCAUGCGCCUAUAUCCACAGAUUAAUUCAGAUUACCCCCAACACCAACGCAAUCAAUCGACCAAUCGUUAAUGCCUUAACGGGAAUGCUCAGGCAGAUUAUUCACCCAUUAAUUCAGAUUCAAAGUCUAAAUAACUGGAAAAAAAAAAACUAAAAUUAAGAAAACUUACUAGCUCGUAACUCUGGGUGAGUCGUCGUCGCCGAAUAGCCGGGGGAAGAAUACAGAAGCCACGGUGAAGGGAAGCCGGCGCCGGAAAUCGAAAUUCAGAUCUACCGUUUCAGUGUUUGAGGAGUUGAGGAGAGAGAAAUAAUCGCGUUUAAUUGUGUGGAGAGUUUUCUGGGUUUGACUGUAAUGUACCCCUGUAUCCGCCCCUGUGUCCGCGGUGCUCCUUUUUCGGAUUGAAGUUCGUUUCUCAGGCUAGUUGUUUGAUUUAAAUUUCAACAAUGGAAGAUUAAUGUUGAAUAAUAUUUGAACCGAAGCCGACUGCCACUAUUUGCACUUAAUUUUGGGCGUAAGAUUGUGAACACCUCUUCCUAUUUCAGUAUCCAUGGUGAUCAAUUUUGGUUUAGUGCUCAUAUUCUCAACAAUUUUACGGGUACUGUUGAUCCUCUAUGGAGACUGGCAAGACACCCAUAUGGAAGUUAGAUACACUGAUGUUGAUUAUCUAGUAUUUUCGGAUGCUGCUAAUUUGAUAUUUUCUGGGGAGUCUCCGUUCAAAAGGACCACCUAUCGGUAUUCACCACUGCUCGCCUUUCUACUCAUACCAAAUGCGAUUCUUCAUCGUUCUUGGGGGAAAUAUUUAUUCUCAGCUGCAGAUCUGCUAGUAGGCUACUUAAUUCGGACUAUUUUGAAGCUACGUGGAGUACCAGAGAAAAUAUGCACUUACUGUGUGAUGGCAUGGCUUUUCAAUCCGUUUACCUUCACCAUAGGAACUCGUGGAAACUGUGAGCCUAUUGUUUGUGCAGUGAUCUUGUGGGUCCUUACCUGUAUUAUGAGGGGGAAGGUCUACCAAGCUGCAGUUUGGUACGGACUUAUUGUCCACUUCAGAAUAUAUCCUAUUAUAUAUGCACUUCCCAUUGUAUUGGUUCUUGAUCGACAGUAUAUCAAAUCUGGUCAGAAACCCAUGCUUGUGAAAUGGAGCUCUCAUCAAGGAAACUCUAAUCAGUGCUUAGGUGAUACAUACCCGAAGUCUUCAUGGAGUGUGCUUGCAAGCAUCUUCUCUGGAACUCGAAUCCUGUUUGGUUUGAUGUCCGGGGCUGUCUUCCUUGGUUUCACGGGUCUCUUCUAUUAUUUAUAUGGUUGGGAAUAUCUACAUGAGGCACUGCUUUAUCAUCUCACUCGAACUGAUCCAAGGCACAAUUUCUCCAUAUAUUUCUACCACAUAUACCUCCAUUACGAGCAGGAGUUGUCAAUACUAGAAAAGCUUGCCUCUUUCCUGCCACAGUUUGCUGUUCAACUGGUUCUAAUGUUCAAUUAUGCCCUGGAUCUUCCCUUCUGCUUUCUUGUGCAGACAGUGGCAUUUGUAGCAUUCAAUAAGGUAAUUACAGCACAAUAUUUUGUGUGGUUCUUUUGCUUGAUACCAAUCGUAUUGCCGUGGAGUAAAAUGAAACUGAAAUGGGAAGGUGUAAUCUGUAUUUUAGUUUGGAUGGGGAUUCAACUUAACUGGCUGAUGUGGGGUUAUUUGUUGGAAUUCAAGGGCAAGAAUGUGUUGUUACCUCUCUGGGGCGCAAGCCUAUUAUUCAUGGCUGCUAACUGUUAUGUUCUCAUUGUGAUAAUUCGCUGUCAUAGAUACUCAUCAAUAUUUCAGCAUCUUAACUCGAGCUCAAAGGAGCGAUUAAAAGUCAAGUAAGCCAGCCAUCAGUCCUUGAGACUAUAUCAGGUACUUGUAACUUUUUUGUGCUACAUGUAUGAGCUGGUACGUUUAUACCAAAUGAAAUCGUACACCUUUUCUCUCAUGUUGAUUACCAUGUAAUUUCGACAAAACAUGAGAGGUUAUUGAAUUUUUUAUAGGCAGUUUGCCAUGAAUUUACAUUCAAGAAAGAAUUGGGCUCGAUUGCUCUGAUAA